GAACCAUUAGUCAGGAAACGAUGUUCUACACGGACUCUUUCAUGGCGCGGUCGAGAUGUUUGUUUUCGUUUCCAUCUUAUUUGUCUUUGUGGCUUACACUGUUUCUAUAAAGUUGGUGUAUUACAGAUUUAGUCAGUUAUGGCCACACUUACGAAAUAAAAUAUCCAGCCCUUUAUGCACCACUGGAAACGCACAUUUUUGUCCAACACAAGAGAGGUCCGGCGCGCUCUUACGGAACUCAGAGGAUGACAAGCCCCGCGUGACAGCCAACGAGACUCGAGCUCUGUUAGUCACUGCACAUCCAGAUGACGAAUGCAUGUUCUUUGCACCUACAAUCUUAAAACUUGUUGAAUCACAAGCAUCCGUUUAUUUGUUAUGUUUGUCAACAGGCAAUUACAACAAUCAAGGACUCCAACGCAAAAGAGAACUGCUUGACAGCUGUGCAGUUCUGGGAAUUCCAUCCAACCAUGUCACCGUCAUAGAUGACAAAGAGCUUCCAGAUGACCCAGCGGUCCAGUGGAGCACUGCACUGGUCUCUUCUCUGAUCCUCAAACACAUCCAAAACUACGGCAUCAGUCUGGUGCUGACGUUUGAUGGCAGAGGUGUGAGCGGACAUGCCAAUCAUAUUGCCAUCUACAAGACCCUCAGUCAUCUAGCUUCUGCUGGACGACUACCUGAAGGUUGUCAGAUCUUCUCUCUUCACUCCAUUAGCAUCCUCAGAAAGUACCUAUCGGUCUUAGAGCUGCCGGUCAGCUGGCUCCUCCCCUCUGAUUUCUGCUGUGUCAUUGGACUGGAGGAGUAUAAACGUGCCAAGAAAGCCAUGUUCUGUCAUCGCUCUCAGCUGCUCUGGUUCCGCCGGCUCUACAUACUGUUCUCACGCUACAUGUUUGUAAACACAUUCCAGGCCAUCAUUGUGGAAACAAAGAAUGUGAAAAUUUAUUAGAUUAUAUUGUCUUAGACACUGUUUCUGUCCAUAUAGGACUAAAGUUAUGCACUAAAAUUUUUAGGUAACGUUUACUUCAUGUUUCUCAUUUCUUUAUAUAACCCCGUUCCAAAUAUGCUGUCAUUAAAUUACUAUAUAGUGACAGCAUAAUAAAAGGUUCAGCCAACAUAUUCAUAUUGAACCUAUACACACUGUAUCCUAAACCAUCCAAUAUUCUGAAAGCCAGUUUUCUGGAGAGGUUUAGCCUAGUUAAGUACAUUAAUAGAGUAGCUGAAUCCAAAGAACAGAUUGUGCCUUUGAGUAUGCAGCGAAUGGAGAAAAAAAUUUGAUUCUGUAUAUUGUUUACAUUUGCUGUUACUGUUGUUAUUGGACUUAUUAAUGUAGAGUUGAAGCACUGUUCCAAACGGAUCAAUAAGUACUGUACCAAACUUUCUGAUUCAGUAUAGUUUCACAACUGACAUGUAUUUUUGAAUUCUUUCUAAGCGAAUCUGUUAUUCUAUAAUGUUCUCUGUUUUGACUUUGAGUUAUAAAUAUACUGUAUGCAUGUAACAAUGUGGAAUAAGACAACAUUAUUUAAAAAAUAAUAAAGAGAAAAGACACCAUUAAAUUGUUUGAUGAAUGUAGUUCUCUUACCUGUUGAUUUUCUUUUUGAAAAUAAAUGUUUUAGUGGUUUUUCUUACAUGACAUAACAUCCUCAAUACAAAGUUCGAAGACAAUACAAAUAUAAUUCCUCCUUUGAUAUGACAAUCUUAAUAAAUUUCUCCUAAAUGUCUAUACAAGUAUGAUUUCCCUUCAGUUUUGCUAACAUACAGUGCCACUUGAAAGUUUGUGAACCCCUUGCAGAAUCUGUGAAAAUGUGAAAAAUUAACAAAAUAAAAAAUAAUAAAAUUUG